AUGUCAUCCGGCCGCGGCGUUUCGGACUCUCAUCAUGCUCAGCAGCCCUUCGAUGCCGGUUCACAGCUCUAUCGCGACGCCUCUGACUUACACCCCGUUCCGUCACCCUCUCACGCCGCCUUGAUGGACGCCUCGCGCUUCGACGACUUUGCAUUUGCUUAUCAAGGCCUUCCCGACCAACCCUCCCUCGUUCCCCUGGCAGACCACGCAAACACCUCCCAGUCGCCAACUGCGUUCCCGCACCAGCCCAUGUCUACCAUUCCACCAAAUGGGUUGCCAUUCGGCGCCAUCCCCGCGGCCCACCGGAGCCAGAGCAUGGAGGGAUCCGACGCCCCGGAUAGGACAUCACCUGUAUCCAACGCUCUCGACGACUCAGUUACCGAUGAGUUUGGAUUGGCUUCUCGGAACCGCGCAGACGGCACAGAUCUUGGUGGCAAACCCAAGGAGGAUAAGGCUGAUUCUGCGCCUGCAUGGAGCGAACUCAAGACCAAGGCGGGCAAGGAGCGUAAACGCCUCCCGCUCGCCUGCAUCGCAUGCCGCCGCAAGAAGAUUCGCUGCUCAGGGGAGAAACCCGCCUGCAAGCACUGUCUGCGUUCGCGCAUCCCGUGUGUCUACAAGGUCACAACUCGAAAGGCUGCGCCACGAACAGAUUACAUGGCCAUGCUAGACAAGCGACUAAAACGCAUGGAAGAGCGCAUCAUUAAGGUUAUCCCAAAAUCAGAGCAAGAAUCAACUGCGUCUGUCACUCGUGCCGUCGUCAAGCCUGCAAUUCCAGGGACCCUUCCUUCAGCCAAAUCCACCAAAAAGCGUGGUGCCGAGGAAGCAUUCGGUCCCGAUCUGGAGGCGUGGGCCAAGGCACCUUCAAAGUCAAAGAUUGCAGGUGAUGACAGACCUAGCACUUUGCAAGUUCAGGAGAACGAAGAAACCAAACUGCAACAUGAAGGUUCCGAUGCACUCCCCUCCAAGGAAAUCCAGGAGCAUCUAGCAGAGGUCUUUUUCGACAACAUCUACGGACAGUCUUAUCAUCUCCUUCACAAACCGAGCUAUAUGCGAAAACUCAAAAACGGCACAUUGCCUCCUGUCCUAGUUCUCUCGGUCUGCGCCAUCGCUGCUCGCUUCACAUCCAACCCGCAGAUCAGCUCGUCAGGGCCCGAGUUUCUACGUGGCGAGGAGUGGGCAUCACACGCGCGAGACAUUUGUACCAGACGAUAUGAGUGGCCAAAUCUCACCAUAUUGACGUGCCUGCUUAUUCUAGGUCUGCACGAGUUCGGAACGUGCCAAGGAGGCCGUAGCUGGGCUCUCGGCGGACAGGCUAUUCGUAUGGCCUUCGCGCUCCAACUUCACAAGGACUUGGAAUACGACCCUGCAGGCCGCAAUGGGCAAAAGCAGCAGCUUAGCUUCAUCGAUCGAGAGAUUCGACGACGCAUCAUGUGGGCCUGCUUCCUUAUGGACCGCUUCAAUUCUUCAGGCACAGACCGGCCCACGUUCAUUCGGGAAGAGACGAUUCAGAUCCCGUUGCCGGUGAAAGAAAAGUACUUCCAGUUCGACAUGCCAGCGCCUACCGAGAUGCUGGAUGGUCGGGUACUUGAGCCUGUAUCGCCAGACGACGGACAGCUUGCCGAUACUCGGGAAAACAUGGGAGUGCCCGCCUAUCUGAUCCGAGCCAUUGCCCUGUGGGGACGAAUCAUCACCUACCUCAGCCAAGGGGGUAAGGAGGCAGACCCUCAUCCCAUGUGGGAUGAGGAGUCACAAUACGCAAAGCUCCUGGGCGACGUGCAAGGUCUUGAGACUGGUUUGCCCGCGUCGCUCAAAUACUCCCCUGAGAACCUGGAAGUCCAGAAGACGGAGAAUACGGCAAGUCAGUUCCUGUUCAUGCAUGUUUGUUUGCAGCACAACAUUCUGUUCAUGAGCCGAGCAGCUAUGCCGUCGAGGAUGCAGCAAGGCGCCCACGACGACUUCUUCUCCGAGGCCAGCAAGAGAACAUUCAGUGCUGCCAACCGGAUAUCCGAUAUUUUCCGGGAAGCAGAACAGUCGCGAUGUUUUGUCUCGGCCCCGUUCGCUGGAUACUGUGCUUUCUCUUCAACCACAGUCCAUAUUCUCGGCAUUAUCUCUCGUAACCCUUCGAUGCAGCCAACAGCUGAAGCAAAUUUGACCACGAAUGUCAAAUAUCUUCACAGGAUGAAGAAGUACUGGGGCAUGUUCCACUGGAUGGUCGAGGACGUCCGUACCCAGUACCGAAACGCCCUAGAUGCGACGAGAGCUGGCACAACAGCCCAGGAACGCGCUGCACAGUCAUCCUUCCUACAGUACGGAGACUGGUUCAACCGCUACCCGCACGGUCUUUCCGAUGCCGAGUUUAUGGAUCCUGCUACUCACAAGAGGAAAGACAACGGGGCUGAUGGGGUACUUGAGGCCAAGCCCGAGUUGCAGUCUGUGGAAGAGUAUUUCUCUACUCUUCCAACGCCGCAGAGCAACGAAAACAAAGACAAUCCCCGCGCUGCACCUGCCAAGCGAAAGCCUAGUUCAAAGAAGCAAACGGGUGCCCCUGGUCAGGCGGGCCAGCAGCUUGAUUCGAUGCAAAGUGCAGACGCUGAGGCUACUUCAGGGGUUGGAGCUCAACAGCAGCGCAGAUUCUCGGAUGUUAUGGCCAUGCAAACGAGCGGCCCAGCCAGUUUCAGCCCUCUUACUGUGCCGAAUUCGCAAAACCCAGCCUUUAGCAAUGCCAUGUCACCGAUGAGCCCAGCCAACAUGGCAUCCUUUGCGCACCACUCGCACAUGCCGACGUUCUUCCCUCCCGAACUGCUUACUAUGAACUUUGGGCAGGGCAAUGGCGCCAUCAACCCACUGGACCGACAGCUUGUCUUUGGAGGGUAUUCGAUGGAUACUUCAGCCGGCUUGACGAGCGGACAGGACAUGAUGGGCAUCGACUGGGAUACCCUCGCUGCAGGUGGUGCUCAGCCUGACGGAGGGGUACAGAGUCGACGAUCGAAUGUCAAGCCUGGCGUGAAUGGGCAAGCACCGGGCCUCGUUGAUGGAGCAGGUGUCAUGGGCGGAGCGGAAGCAUCGUCGGCGUGGUUUAUGCCAUUCAACAUGGAGCCGCCUGAGAUGGGGCGAGACUCUGGUUUCAACAUGGGCGGCGGUGAUCCGUUUGCAGGAAUGUUUAGUGGAGGAAGCGGCUUGGCGACGCCGAAUCCCUUGAGUGGGCUACAGCAACAGGGCCCCUAG